AUGGUUUCAAAUGAAGUCUCUCAGGACGAAGGAAUAGUGCACUUGAUACAGUAUUUUGGAUGGACAUGGGUUGGACUCAUUGUAUCCGAUGAUGACAAUGGGGCUGAGUUUGAGCUACGCUUGAAAUCAGUGUUCAGUAGGAAUUCCAUCUGCAUUGCUUUCGCAGAAAAGGCACCACGUGUUGCCUUCAGUGGAGUGGAUGAAUAUGGAUAUAAGUUUCAUUAUAAAGAAGAGGAUUUGUUUGCCCUUAGUGUGACCACAGCCAAUGUGAUCAUUGCAUAUGGAGACACUUACGCCAUGAAGGUUUUUCAGUUAACAUUAUAUCUACAUCAACCAUUCAAGAAGACACCCUUAGAGAAAGUUUGGAUCAUUCCAGCUCAGUGGGACUUGACCUCAGCCUUUUUGCUAAAAGAGUGGGAUUUCAAAAUCUUCCAUGGUUCCUUGUCCAUGGCAAUCCACAGCAAGGAUGUACCAGGAUUCUGGAGCUUUCUCCAGAACUUCAAUCCUUACCAGCACCAAAAUGACCUUUUUAUCCAACAAUUCUGGUAUGCUAUGUUUCAGUGUUCAAUUUCAAAUUCAUUUGCGACUGAAGCAAAUAUCAAUCUCUGUUCUGGGGAGGAAAUGCUGGAGCAUCUUCCAAAUACUAUAUUUGAAAUGAGUAUGUCUGGUGAGAGCUAUGCUAUCUAUAAUGCCAUCUAUGCUAUGGCACAUUCUUUACAUGUCGUGUACUCUUCUAGAAGGGUGUUGAUGGGAGAAGCACUCAGAUUGGACCUUUGGAGAAUGGAACAAUGGGAGCUUCACACUUUUUUGAGAAAAAUCCGUUUUAACAACAGUGCUGGAGAUGAAAUAUAUUUCAAUGAAAACUUGGAAUCAUCCCUUGGAUAUGAUAUUCUUAACAUGGUUACUUUCCCCAACAAUUCUUUCACCAAAGUAAAAGUUGGAACAGUAGUUUCUCAUGCUUCCUCGGAUCAAAAAGUUUACAUGAAGGAACAUGAUAUUAUAUGGCCCAACAAAUUCAACCUGACAGUACCGCAUUCUUUGUGCAGUGAAAGAUGCCAUCUUGGAUAUCACAGAAAAAUCCGUGAAGGAGAACAAUCUUGUUGCUAUGAUUGUUUCAAAUGUGCAGACAGGACAAUUUCAAACCAACUAGAUGCAGAUAAGUGUGAAAAAUGUCCAGAAGAUGAACAUCCAAACAACAAUAAAAACAGAUGUCUCUCUAAAGUCAUAACUUGUCUAGUCUAUGAUGACAUUUUGGGAGUCAAUUUGGCUUCUGUGGCAGUCUCUUUUGCGCUGUUCACAGCCCUGGUGCUUGGAACCUUCAUCAAACACCAGAAUACCCCCAUUGUCAAAGCCAACAAUCGGGACCUUACCUACCUUCUGCUAAUCUCCCUUUUGCUCUGCUUCCUUUGCUCCUUGCUGUUCAUUGGACGACCCAGCAAGGUGACCUGCCUUCUUCGACAAGCAGCAUUUGGAAACAUAUUCUCUCUUGCCCUUUCCUGUGUCCUGGCUAAGACCAUCAUUGUGGUUGUGGCAUUUAUGGCCACAAGGCCUGGAAGCAAGAUGAGGAAAUGGGUGGGCAAAAGACUAUCCAACUAUUUUAUCCUUUUUGGCUCUCUUGUUCAAGUUGGCAUCUGUUCUGUCUGGCUAUUCACUUCUCCUCCAUUCCCAGACCUUGAUAUGAUCACACAGCCUGAGGAGAUUGUGUUGCAAUGUAAUGAAGGCUCAGAUGCCAUGUUUUACACGGUCCUGGGCUACAUGGGCUUUCAGGCCAGUGUCAGCUUCACAGUGGCCUUCCUAGCCAGGAAACUGCCUGACAGUUUCAAUGAAGCUAAGUUUAUCACCUUUAGCAUGUUGGUCUUCUGCAGUGUCUGGAUAUCUUUCUUUCCAGCCUAUCUGAGUACCAAAGGCAAAUACAUGGUGGCUGUGGAGAUCUUCUCCAUUCUGGCCUCGAGUGCCGGGUUGCUGGGAUGCAUAUUUGUUCCUAAAAUGUACAUCAUUAUUUUGAAGCCAGAAAUGAACACUAGGGACCAAUUCUUUAAGAAAAAAGAAUUUCAUUAGGCUUGCCAUAUCUUGAAGAGCAAAAAAGGAGAACAGCCUGAGCCACUGCUAUCAUGAGCCAGGGAAAGAGGUGUGCGGAUGCACAGGGCUGUUGCUCCACCUGUGCACCUCUUCCCCCAGCUCAGGCUGGCAGUGGUUGCAGCAUGCAGAACAGCUCCAAGCCCAAGCUCCAAGUCCAAGCCCAAGCUGCCCAAGCUGCC